GUUAAAAUAUUGAACCUUUGUUGGUUUUUCGCAUUCCUUUUUCCGGUUGAAUUCGUGUGUCAGCACGACGCAUUCGAUUUUAUUCAUGAGUGGCAAUUCCUAUGAAAUCACAUGUUUUAUUUAAAUCGUCUUGUGUAUCGAUUCGCUUCGUAAAUGCGUGAUUUGAGGUGUACUAUUGUACGUGUUGUCCUGCGUGUUCCCGCCGUCCAAGUGCCAACAUCCCGCGAACGGCUGACCUCCUCAGCUGUCAGUCGAACUAUGGCCUCGUUCAGAUAACCACAAAAGCACUUGGUGCCAGUCUCCGCGAUGUCUACCCGACUUCGAUACGACAAAAAAGUGAUAGUCGGCGUGUCGUUCACGCUUUAUCAACCGUCUCGGACAUAACCUAAUCAGCAACCGUUGGAAGAGCGCCAAAUUCGAAGGGGCCCCUUUGAGAGAUGCGGCUAGAGCGAGAGCAUCAUGGUGUUGAGCACGGAAUGGUCGCAAGUUGAGAUUAUCGACUUGGUGAACGAUGGCUCGGGGCUGGGGUUCGGCAUCGUCGGCGGCAGGAGCACGGGGGUCGUCAUAAAGAGCAUCCUUCCAGGAGGCAUCGCCGAUAAAGACAGUCGGUUACAGAGCGGCGACCACAUUCUCCAAAUUGGAGACGUCAAUUUAAGGGGGCUCGCCGCCGACCAAGUUGCCACCGUUCUGAGGCAGGCUGGGGCACAGGUCAGAAUGGUGGUUGCACGUCCUGUUGAGCCUUCUUCUUCGGAUUUCCAAUCCUUCGACUGUUCGGCUCCCAUAGUUCCGACAAAGAUCCUCACCGAUCCGGAAGAGCUAGACCGUCAACUCCAACAAAACGGCUAUUCCUCGUUCUACGCUUGCAACGACCGCAGCUCUUGCGACGAUCUCGAACAAACCGACAUAAACUCUAUCGAUGCUAACCCCGGAAGUUACAAUUCUCUAGACGUUGUCGUCAAUAAUAAUAAUAAUAAUACUAAUGGCUUUUCGCCGCCCAGUGAGAGUCAAGUGGUGAUAAUCCCCGCCGACAUUGAAUACACUCUUCCAGAAACGGAGCGCUUCACCGUAGAACUGACAAAAAACGAAUACGGGUUGGGGAUUACGAUCGCAGGAUACGUGUGCGAAAGGGAGGAUCUUAGUGGAAUCUUCGUCAAGAGUUUGAACGAAGGUAGCGAAGCUUACAAGUGCGGAAAGAUUAAUACUAACGAUAGGAUUGUGGAAGUUGAUGGACAGUCUUUGCAAGGGUUUACGAAUUACGAAGCUGUGGAGAAGAUUAAACAAACUGGUGGGAAAGUUGUGUUGACUUUGGAGAGGUACUUGAGAGGGCCGAAAUUUGAACAAUUACAAGAAGCAUUAGCUAUUCAAGAACAAAAGGAUUUGAGUCCACCUUCGCCGUCGCAAACGACUCUUAGUUGGAUACCUAUUGAAGCAGCUGAGGAUCAGAUCGAACCGGAAGGUGAGUCCGUUGUGAGCAUUAAUAGCGAAAUCUACGAGCAAAACCUUGAAAAUAAAGAAAUAUUUAUCGAAGAAGAUUUUGAAGCGAAUCCCGAUGACGAUUUAGAAACCGCCACCAAAAAAAAGUGGGAGGCUAUAAUCGGCAGCGAUACUGAAAUCGUCGUUGCCAAUUUAACGAAACUCAAAGGUUUAGGUAUAAGCCUAGAGGGGACGGUCGACGUCGAAGGAGGCAUCGAAUUGCGUCCCCAUCAUUAUAUCCGUUCCAUACUACCUGAAGGUCCAGUCGGCCAAAAUGGCAAAUUAAGCUCCGGUGACGAACUUUUGGAAGUAAACGGUCAAAAACUCCUCGGAAUCAAACACGUGGAAGUCGUUAAGAUCCUCCGCGAGUUGCCGAGCACCGUUCGCUUAGUCUGUGCUCGUAAACACGAGGAGAAUCGCGUCAUAAACACCUCUCAAGACCGUGAAGCCUUCGAAGCGCGGAACAUUUUGGGGGGCAGUUUGAAAAAUCUGUUACCUCAGCCCGAACAAAGGUUGCUCAAGGCUCUAAGCGACACGAGUAUAAACACUUCGAGUACCGUAACCGUGACCAGCGAAACCAGCUUGCAAAAGGCCAAAUCGCGGUCGUUAGAAGUGACGAAUUUAGCAAUGUGGUCGGAAGACGUCGAACAUAUUGAACUGAUCAAAACCGACCGAGGUUUAGGGUUCUCGAUUCUGGAUUAUCAGGACCCUCUGGACCCCAAAGCGACCGUUAUAGUCGUGAGAAGUCUAGUACCUAACGGGGCGGCGGAACACGACGGUCGCAUCACUCCUGGUGAUCGGUUGAUCAGUGUUAACGAUAAAAUAAUCAAAAACGUGACCCUAGACCAGGCGGUCCAGGCGUUAAAAGGGACUCUGCCCGGUCCUGUCAAGUUAGGUAUAUCCAAACCGUUACCCAGUUCCAGAGCCAGUGAAAAUGUCAGUACGUACUUGGAUUUUGGAUAAGCACAAUCACUGCUGCCUUUUCGAAUAUUUUUCCGUAGUUAAGUCAAAAGAUAGGUGAUUAGAUGACGAAUUUAUAAGCUGUAAAGCUUCAAGGGCACAAAUUCGUAUGUAUUUUAUACGCAUAUCAGCUGAUGAGAUUUUAAAGUGUCCAGACACUUCACUUUUUUAACGCUCUAGUCGCUAGGUAUAUCAGGAAUAAAUGAAGGUAGGCGAAUAGACGGGGGAAGUCCCCGCUUGUAUAGUUUCCGGUGUUCGGUCACUAGUGCUUCGAUCAGUUUUCUUCUACAAGCAGGUUCUUCCAUAAUCAAUACGUAACAAUGGAAUUUAUGCACAAUAGCGCUCUAAAUAAGGAAUUGAAUAGUACACUUGAUGUUUUACUUACACUCUGUAAAUAUACUUGUGUGGUGUUGUGUUACAAAGUCUGAAUCUUGAUAUUCGUGCCAUGUUUUGUUGUGAUUUUGUUUUUGUUAAGACUGAUUUUAAACAACUCAAAUCUGAAGGUCAAUAUUUAAGCAAUAUGCCGAUUAUGUGAUAAGUUUGUUGGCCUAAGUUUUUAUUUAAAUUACGAAUUUUGGUGUGUGAUGUGUACAUAAAAAAAUCGAUCCUAUUGUUAAAAUAGGGCUAAGAAUGAAAUACCUGACUCGGGUUAAAACGGGGAACGGAGUAUUUAUCGAUUCUUGUCAGAGUUGAUAAAGACUUCCUCCUAAAAUUGUUAAAUAGAGUCACUGCGGGGGGUGGUUUUGGAUUAGUUGCAUGAUUAAAUUAGGUACCACCUGAAAUGACUAUCCUUAGACACUGUUCAAGCUUCAUUAUUUACAAAAAACUAUCCUCUAAUCAUAAUUACAAUAAAUUGUGUAAGUGACGUUACAUGAAUAAAUUAUAUUUAUUA